AUGCUCUCUUACGUCAGCCGUAGGUGGCGUUGGUGGAAGCUGUUGAAGACUCUGGACACCAGCGUCGAGCUAUCUGAGCCGAUGCGUGUCGGACUGCUGUUAGAUCUGUCAGGCCUAACCCGACAGGAGUCCUUGGUAAUCAAGGCCUGUGCUGACGACAUCAAAUCCUUCGAGUCGGUGGCCAGCACCCUUAUUAAGAACAUCUCUGGCGUGCGCUUGCGUGAGGGCCGCGCCCUGGGGGCGGAACCCACAGUCGGGCCCCUUGGGGCCGGAAGCCAUGAUGAUGAGAACGAUCCCGACCAGGAUCCCGUUGAGGACCUGGACCAGGAGUUCGAGGACUACGAGUUAGACGAGUCCGCAGCAACAGCCCUGAACGACAUGGCAGAGUUGGAAAGAUAUUCAUCCGAAGGUGGCCACGCAAUCCAGCUCAUGCUGGCGGCCAACGCUGCGUUCGGAAAAGCCCGUGGCAAGGGCAAGGGCAAAAGCAAAGGUAAAGGUAAGGGCAAGGGCAAAGUCGUGCGCUCCCACCUUACCUUGGAGCAGAGACGCGAUAAGCUGCGCGCUCUGAAGGCCAAGUCCAAGUGUCUACGCUGCAGCGGGACCGGACACUGGGCAGCCCGACCUACCAAUUCUGGAAGGAAAGGCGCGGCUAGCGUGAAGCAUAGCGAAGUCAGGAUCAUCCUACGGGAGAUCCUCAGCUUCGACGGCUGUGCCCGCUCCCGCCCGCCGGAGACACGUACUCAUGAUCCAGAGACGUGUCCUCGCAUUGUUCUGGACAGGCGCGGAAGUUCGAGGAGUGUCUCCCAAACCUUCUGCAGGCAAUGCGGGACAUUCGUUGACGACGUCUUCGCAGAGUUCCAGAAACAACGCCGUGCCGCGGCGAAUAGUGUGCUGAAUGCAUCGGCGGAUGUGUUAAACACCGUCGGAGCCCUGACUGCUGAAGACGAUUCCGCAGACCUGGGCCCGGCUGUGGUGGAGUCGACCCUUGGACGACUCAAUGAUAUCGUGGUCGAGGCUACCGUGGCAUCAACUUG